AUGCGGAGAGCGGUCGGCUUCCCUGCGCUGUGCCUGCUUCUUAGUCUUCACGCUGCAGGAUGCCUUUCAAGAAAUAAUGAUCACUUUUUGGCAAUUCGUCAGAAGAAGAGUGGGACGCCAACAUUCAUUUAUCACCACUCACAAGACAUUGAGAAGAGCCUGGAUAUAUCUCUACAAAAGACACACAAACAUAACUACCAUUCCUCUUCUGAAGCUCAAAUAGGCAAACACCACCAAAUUGUUAAUUCAGCAUUUCCUAAACCUGCAUAUGACACAUCUCUCAACCUGUUGGCCAUGGCUGGUCAAGACCUUGAAGUGGAAAACCGCCCAGUCCCAGCAGCAAAUGUGAUUGUGGUG